AUGAAUCGUUUAAAGUUGAAACCGCUGAAGCUUCCGAGCGAAGCAAAUCGUACCACGGCCGAUGUUGACGAGGUAAAAACGACAAUCGCGGACCGUUUCGGGGGGAUGGCUGCAAAGGAGCUUCCCUUCGCCGUAGCAAGCACAUCGACCAGUCGGGUCAGCGUUGGAUCCGUCGGAACCAGUAAAUCUUCGUCCAGCUACGGAAGUCGUACGGAACCGUCGGUUCGGUUUCGGCUCGAGGACGAAAUACUCGGCAGUGGCAGCGAGCUGAGCGGAAGUGGCAGUGCGAGCGCGAGUGUCAGUAUUGCCGACAGUCUGAGUGCGAAUGACAAUCAGCACGAUGACGAUAGUUUAGAGAUUAUGGAAGAGAUUCUAGUCCCGGUCGAUGGUGACGACGAUGACAGCAAUGAGCCCGCGGAGGAAGGAGGCAGUGUUAGUGCGCAAAGUGUCGACGAAGAAGGUCCGGCACUUGCCCGUCCUUCCCGGCAACGGCAGAGACUCAGCUCGGGUGGUAGCAGCAGUACGGAGGAAGGAUCUUCGGUGAAUCGGUCCCAGCCGAGGCGAAAACCAAUCGCGAGUGCGGUCAACGAUCGGAAGCGCCAGUUGUUCGAUAUCGGGGACGACGAGGAUUUAGUGGCACGGGGAGGGGGAGGUUCUGGAGCGAGCCUCUUCGAUAUAGAUCACAUACAGUUAUCCGGGGACGAAAUUGCGAAACAUUUCCAGCCGACGGCCAAUAUUGAAGGCAGUGAGGAGGACGAUUCGUUUCGCGGUGGGGUGGAGGAGGAGGAGGAAAACGAGGGGGAGGAUUCUUUCGAGCAGCCGUUAAACGAAAGUGAAUCGGUGGACGAAGUGUCGAAGGGGGAAAGCCUACCAAAGGGUGGCAAGUUAGUGACGCAUCAAACGAAAGAGCUGUCUCCGCUUAACGAGGACGACGUGCUGAUAAACGAUAGUAAGGUAAACUUGAACUCUCUGAAGCGUCGCACCCAACGGGGGGUCGUCGAAGGGGUCGUCGAGCGGAGAAGCAAUCCCAUCAACAUGGCGGAAAGCAAUAACAACAGUCAGGAUAACAGCCUGAACACGACGAACGAUAUCUCCGACCUGGCGAAGGAUACCGAAAGUGAGCGGGUGGGAAGCGUCGAACUCGACCCCGAAUCGUCUGGCGCCGUGGUGUCUAAACCGGCGAAACUUUCGCUUGACGGAAGAAGCCGGAGCGUACCGGACGAGCGACCUUCGCCGGUGGCCAAGAUUGGCUUCGCAAGUCUCGGUCCGAUACGGCUCACGGAGGAGAAGCAGCGAGGACAGGUGACCGAAGACCACAGCAGCGCGUCUUCCGGUGGGAGUGGCGUAUCGGAAGAUUUACGCGAACGGAUACUGACCACGAGCAAGUCGUUCGACGAGGUCAAAGCGCAAACUGUGCCCAUCGAGGUGCUGGAAGAUAAGAUAGACUGCGAAAAGGCACACCAGCAGCAGCAGCAGCAUUCUCAACGAAAUGUCGCCGAAAGCGUCGUAAAACAGAUGGAACGUGUUUCGGGCGAACAGAAGGAAGCGCUGGAAGAUAUUUCCGAAGAGUCCGAACAUACGCUCGGUGGUGAUACCUCAUCGAAUGGACCGACGGACGAUGAGCGGGGCGACAAGGUCAAUGUGAAAGUGAUCGAGAAAGGCAAGGAAAUGCGAACGAUUCUGGAGGAGAAACUGUUACAGAAGAGGCUAAGUAUUGGGAGUACGAUCUACGAGGACAACAAGGAAAAUGUGCCGGAGGAGACGGGAGAAUCACUAAAGGCGCACGACUUUGACAGUGUUGUCAGCUUGAAAAUGUUCCAAACGAUGGAGAACGAGAUACGCAAGCUGCAUGAGAUUAUUGCCACGAAGGACGUGCUGCUGGAGACGUACGGUCGGAAGGAUAGCACGGUCCCGUCCAAGGAUGGUGGCAGCCGGGCGGGGGAUUCAUUGCGCGAGCAACAGGUAUGCCGAUCUCACAACAGUGACUCGAUCAGUGUGGCUACAAAUUCCACCGAGUAUCGGCCCGUUCCAGGGGAGCUGGAAGCGAUAGCGCAUGCCGCCACCGAAAGGGAUCUCCACGGGAAGAUAAUGGAGCGGAAUCAGUGGAUCGAGCUGCUGGCGGAUAAGCUGAAAGAGUCGCUCGAGGAACGCAACCAGCUGCAGUCGGAGGGUGAGAAGCUGGCGGGCGAAGUGAUGCAGCUGAAGAAGCAGCUGGCCGAAACGGUGGAGAGUAUGAAGCUGAAGACGCAGUGGGCGGGAGUGGUUCGGCAGGAUCAGGAAAGCACGAGCGGUCAGCGGAUAUCGGAGAUAUCGAUCGAUCUGGUGAGCGAAACGGAGGACGGUGGGCUUUCGGACUUUCCCGACCUGUACGAUGAUCAGCGGGAGCGCGAACGAGCCUUCGACCUCACCUCGCAGUCCAGUGGCGGUGAUCUGGCCGCACUUAACCCACUUCAAAUUCCGCUGAAGAUUUCGAAGCAGCUCGAACAGUUCCGACGUUACCUUUCGCAGGAGGAGCUCCGACUGUUCAACAUGGUACAGACAAAGUUUGACGAUUUUCUCACGCAAGAGGUGGAAAAGGUUCGUGCGGACACACUGGGUGAGACGGAAAACCGUCUGCUGCGGGAACAGUUGGCCCUCGAGCGGGCGGAAAAGGAGCAAGAGGUGAACCGAUUGCGACAGAUGCUCGGGAGCGUAAAGACGGGUUCGAUCGAGAUCGGAGUGUUGCGGACGGAGCUGGAGGCACGCCACACGCAGGAGAUGGCCGAUCUGCGAACGUACUUCGAGAAGAAGUGUGUCGAACUCGAGAAGCAGUACUCGGAGGAGGUGUUUUCGCAGCAAAGCCGGCGGCUUUCGAACGACGAUACCGGGUCGGAGAUUUCCGGCGCCGAAGAGUUCCCGGAGGAGAAUGGUGGCUAUCAGUCGAAGCACACGAGCCCGAGGCGGAAACACAAGGAGGAUAUCUACCUCAGCCCGACACAUCGGAAGAUUACACCCACGACGAUCGACGCGACGGAUGGAAGUGCGGAUGAGGUGCUUGUGAUUGAAAUGCCGGAUGAUAAGGUAAGCCACCGACAUCUAACGGCGGAAGAAUUGCGCGACUUCUAUCAGAGUAAAAUCAAGGAGAUGAAUCUUCAGCACGAACGGGUGUUUGCGAAUCUGCGUGAAAAGCUGAGUGUUUACGAGGCCAGGGAAAAGGAGAAACAGUUUGUGUCUAAUCAAACGGCAUCCACCUCCUCCCCCAUUGCCAAGGAUCACCAAUGCUCACCAUUGCUAACCAAUGAAUCACAACCACAACCCGCCGAAUCACCAUCACCGUCCACCGACGCCAACGUUGUGGCCCCGGCCGGUUCAAGCGUUGUGGCUAGCGAGGCACCGCUAACUAACUCAUCCGAUACUAACAUCCUGCCGCGUCCGAAGACGGCCGACCGCCAACGGACCGACUCGCCGGCGGCGGCGGGGGCAGGCGAGUUGGGUUCCGAGUCGGAUCUGCAGGAGAUCAUUGUGGGGUACGAGCGGCGCCUGCAAGAGCAGGUCGCUCUCGCCCGCCAGGACGUCCUGAAGGAGCUGGAGGUGCAGAUUCAGGCCCUUUUGACCGACGCCUCGUUCGAGGAUAGCCACUGGCCGCCGGAGUUGGUGCUGCUGCGAGAGAAGUUUACGGCAAAGAGCCAGCUAGAAGUAGCCCAGCUGCAACUCAAACAUGAGGAAGAAAUGGCCCGCAUGAAAAACGACUUCGAAAAGCAGUUGCAGCGCAAGCUGAAGCGCCACACGACGUUCGAUUCGUCUCGCGGUCUGGAUAAGAUCAUUAGCGAACGCGAUAACCUCCGGGAGCUCUCGUCGACGCUGCGAAAUGUGCUGGGCGGUCUGGCGAAGUACUUUUCGAUUUGCGAGGACGAUCUGAACAGCACCGUGCUGGAGGAGCUGCACCGCUGCCAGCAGCAGUGGCAAGCGAAUGCGUCCAUACUGGCGGCAAGUGACGCUAGCGCCGACGAAAGUCAGCUUGCCGGGGAAGGUACCGCCAUCCCGGAGGGUGAGCAGAACGUGACCGAUCUUUCGUUCCUAUCGUCGUGCAAGCUGCUGAAGUACGCUCCGGAUGUGUCGGGUAUAAUAUCGAUCAUCGAGGAUCCAUCGUUGGUGGAGUACGUGACGGCGCGAGGCCCCCGCGAGGGCGAGGAGCCGGAGAAUGUAUCGAUUAACCUGGAGGAUUGUUUGGAACGGCUGAAAGCCGAGGCACUUAGUUUACUUGCCCUUUCGGAGCGGAUAAAGCAAAGUGCUCCGGUAGCGGGUGGUCCGACGGUCGGUGAAAUGGACAAAGUGUCUGAAAAGAACGACAGCUGCGAGGAAGAGGACGGUCUGAAGCGAACGGGCAAAGCAAAGCCGAUCGGAAGUGCUCGCUCGUUCGACGAAACGAUGGUCCGCAGUGGAGCCCAGAGUGUUGAUCGGGGGGAGCAGCAGGGCGCUUGCUCGCUCGCGAACGGUAGCCGUAGUCUCCCGGUGGACCUCUCCGGGUUGCAGGUCAACGGUGAACUCAAUCUGCAGCUGCACGAACUACGGAACCGGCUGCUAAAAUCCGAGGACGAUCGGAAGCAGCUCGAAGCGGAACUGGCUGAAGCGCGCAGCAAGCAGAACAGUUUGGUGAGCGAACUGUCCGAAACGAAGCAGCAUCUGCUGGAGCUUAACAGCCAGCGGGUUGAGUUUAGCGAGGGUUACGGCACCAAUGCGCUGCUCCCGACCGCACAACGGGUUGCGAACAACUCGUUCGUAGAGCUGCAGGAACGCGCCAAGGCACUGCUCGGUAGCACUGGAGCGGAACAAACGAUCGAGGACAAUUCGAUGCUGCUGCAGCUGGUGGAAGACUUUGCCCGGGAAGGGGAACGCUACCUGGAGGAUGGAAAGCGCGAUCGGAUGGAUUUACAAUCACAGAUCGAGGCGGCUGAUAAACAGCUUAAAGCAACCCGCCAGUUCCUCGAAGAUCAGGCAGCGGAACGUGAGCAGGAACGUGACGAGUUUGUGAAGCAAAUCGACCGCCUCAAGUGCACGCUGCGCGAGAAGGAAAAGGAUAAGGUUAACUUCGAGCGGGCCAGCAAGGAGGAAGGAUGUGUGGCCGACUGUAGAUAUGCAAAAGAAAAUCGGGCAUUUGCUGCAAAAUUGGAAACGGUCGAGCUGCAGGUGAAGGAUCUGACGGCACAAAUUGCUGAACGCGAUGACCGAAUACGGAAGAUGGAGACCGACCUGAAGGACUCCAUCGACAAAGGUUUCACACUGCGGGAAAUUAUCUCCGAGCUGGAAACCCAAAUCGAAAGCAAGACAAUCAACGAGCACGUCAUGGAGACAAAGGUGAAGGAGCUGGAGCGGUACAUCGACGUGCAGAACCAGCAGAACGAAUCGCUGCAUCAGGAGAUGGAAAGCUUCAAGACGGACCUGGUGGUGCGUGGAUACGACGAUAAGAUUGCCCGGCUGGAGGAAGAACUACGCCAACGGCAACCGACGGCCGAGCAGAGCAUCGUCCUCGAGGCACUGACGGUGCAGCUGCGCGACAUCGAGGAGACGCUGGAGCGAAAGACGAAAAAUCUGGAAACACUCCACUCCACCUCGGGUGCUUCACUCGGCUGCAGCAGCCCAUCGGAGGACAUCUCGGUGAAUCAGGAUAGUCCACUGCAUCGCAAGCGGCGCGCUGCCUCGGGCGGGGCCGGUGUGGACGGGGGUGCCGGAAGCGCAGAGAGCAAACCGUCCGUAACGCCGCUGCCCGUCGACGAGGUGCAGCGGAUAUUCGAUAAGCUCCACCGGCACUCGCGCGUCGAGGACGUGGCCAUCAAGCGCAUCAACGACCUGGAGAUGCAGAUUACCAACAUCAGGAGUGGCUAUGCGGAACUUCAACACGAACGUGACGUGCUGCAGGAGAAAAUGUCGGAGCAGUCGAUAAAGAUAUCAAGCCUGCAGACCCGCCUCGACGAGCAGCGCCUGCGUGCCGAAGAGUUGCACCGCCAGGGCACCUCCCAGCUGACGGUGAAGGUGCACGACCUGCAGAACGAGCUGCACAACCUCAAGGAGACGCUGCAGACGCGCGACAAGCAGAUCGUCAAUCUGAAGCAGUUCCUCGAAAACAGUCAGCAGGCGAUCGCUCGCCAGGAGAAGGAGCUGGCCAUGAAUCAGGGCGGCGGCGAACGGAGCGGUGGGGAGCAGGAGCAACAGCGGCUGGAGACGGAACUGCGGGCGAAGGAGGAAGAGAUCCGACAGCUGCGCGAUCGGAUCAAGAACGAGAUGAUCAAUAAGGCCGCCCUGCCCGAUCUGAUGGAGACGAUGCUGGCGGAGAAGAACGAAGAGAUUGACCAGUUGAAGGAUCGGUUGGCCCAGUACCAGCAGGGGGCGGAACCGGCGGUGGCAGCGAUGGCCGGAAUGCAGCAGUUCCAUGCGGGACCCGCGGCGAAGGAUGACGAUGGUGGGCGUACGCUGAGCGAUGUCGUUUCGAUCACCGACUGCGAUGAGUCGGACAUGGUGAUGCGCCGGAUGCCGGAACAGGGAAUCACCCUGGAGGGCGGCAUACUGCCCGCGCACAGCAUUCCGAUGGACUCCGGUACGUCGUUGUUUCCGAACCAUUCCAAGCAGUCCUCGCUGCAGAUGCUGGGCGCUGGCGGUCAGGCGCUGAGCGGUGGCCACGAGUCCUCCUCGAUGCUCAACUCUAUUCCACUGCGGUCGAACUUUUUCCACGACGUGUGCUCGGCCGUACCGCGCGUCCCGGAUCAAACACGUAGCAGCGCUCCCACACCCGAGUACGUUCCGCGACAGAUAAACUUCUCGCUCGCCGAGGACGCCGGUUCGCCGAUGCAACGCGUUGGCAUUAUGCACCACCAGCAGCGCCUAUCGGCACCGGUACCAUCAUCGACGUUGAUGUUUUUCGGCGCUUCCCCGGCGCCACCGGGUGAGGGGUCGUCGAGGAUGCUGGUCCGAGAGCCAGCCUUUAUCGAGGAGAUAGUGGACGACGAAGUGGACACCGCUGGCGAUGCUGGUCCAGGGAAGGAUGACGCAAAAGCGCGGCUGGAGAGUGAAGUAGAGUCUUUAAAAUUAAGCUUAGAUAGGGUUGUGAAUGAAAAGAACGAGCUGGUGGAGCGGUUGAAGGGCGAGCUGCAGGAAAAGGUGGAACAGAUCGCGGACCUGCAGGUCGAGCUGGCCGCACGCAACAAGCUGUACGAGGAUCUGAUGCAGGAGCGGAAAGAACUGCGCACCGAGGUAGAGAAGGUGAAGCAGGAGCUCGGUCAACUGGAGCAGCAGGCGCACUCGGUCCAGCAGAAGGAAACCGAGCUACGCGAGGCCCUAGAAAGCCUGCACCGGAAGGAAGCGGAAAUGGUCGAGGUAAGCGAGCGGUACGAGAAGGUACGCACCGAAAUGGAAAGCGUCACCAAGGAGUCCACCGUGUUGCGGACGGAACAGCAGCGGCAGAAGGUGGAAGUGGACACGCUGCGGCAGCAGGUGGAAUCGCUGAACAAAACCAUCGGCCACAAGGACGAGCUGAUGUCAAAGCUGGAGAAGGAUCUGCUAAACUAUAGCAAAAACGAAGAGAAGUAUCUCGAGCAGUUGCGCUCACUGGACGCGAAGGAGACGGAGCUGAAGAUCGUCCAGGGUAACUACAAGGACCGGCUGCAUGAGAUCGAGAUACUGAACGAGGACAAUCGCUUCCUGACGGAGGACAUCAACCGGUUGAGAAACGAAAUCGCACGCAGCAGCAACUCGCAACUCAACUCGAGCUCGUCGUCGUACGUGCAGGCACUCAAGCAGAACUGCGCCAAGCUCGAGGAGGAGCUGCAGGAAACGAAACAACUGCUGACGGAUAAGAUGCUCGCCCUCGAGCGGGUGCGGAUCGACCUGAGCGGGUGCCAACACGAGCUGGAGGAUGUGCGUGGGGUACUGCGCGAGAAGGAGAUGAUCAUCCAGCAGAUCGGUGACGACGGGCAGAGCUUGCACGAAGCCCUCUCAAACAUCCAGGAGCAAAUGCAGGAUAAGAACGUGACGUUGAAUGGGAAACUGCGCGAGGAACAAGCGCGGAACGCAAAGUUGCAAGGCGAACUGGAACAGCUAAAGGCACAACUCCAACGGAGCGAUAACUCGUCCAGCCCGAAGCCGUUCUCGGUGGAGGAAAUAGCGGAACAGCUGGAAAAGGAGCUCAACUACUCCGCACAGCUCGACUCGAGCAUCCUGAAAGCGAUCGAGAGUGACGAGGUGAACUCGGACGAUGAGCGCCAUGCCGUCGGGGAGCAAGCAAAGGGGGAUGCAAGGAAAGGUGGUGGUCCCCGUAAGCCAUCGGAACUGGAUGACCUUCGGCAGAAGCUUCAGCUCGAGAUGGACAAGGGUAAAAAGAUGCAGGAACUGCUUGAGGGUGAGAAGCAAAACUCCGCCUCCAUCCAGCAGCAGGAUGCGGAAAUUAUCGAAGCAAUGCGCAUCCGCCUCGAGGCGUCACUCGGAAACGAGAGCACACUCCAGCGGCUGCUGGAGGAGGAGCGAACGAAGGCCGAGCGCCUGUCGCGGAUGGUCGGGGGCCUGCAGCGGACCAAAUCGUUCGACAACUAUCUGCUACUAAAGGGCAAAGGUUCACCGCAGGCUCAUUCCUCCGCAGCGGAAGGUGGUGGUGCACUGAGUGGGGGCAAUUCUCCGCAGCGUCUCAAUCGAUUGCUCAACCGCAGUGGCGACUUUGAGGCGGAAAUGGUAGCGCGGUAUGAGAGCGAGCUAAAGUUCCUAACGGCACAGAACGCCCGGGAGCGGGAACGGACGGCCGAUCUGCAGCGGGUGUUGGAACGCGAGCGGGAACGGUUCGAGCGGGAGAUCACCGAGCGGACCGAGCACGGCGAGCAGCUGAAGAAGGAGCUGACCCGUGUGCUGAAGGAAAAGGAAACGCUCGAGCUGGAGCUGGACCACGAGCAGGAAAAGCUCGAGCUGGCCCACCGGGAGCUGGAAAGUCUCGAAAAGCGCAUCGGAGCACUGCAGGAAGCGGAAGCGUUGCGAUCGGCUCGACGCGACCGAACCUCCGGACAGAAUUCGCUCGAGUACCAGGAACUAAAAUUGCGCCUUGAGGGUGUUGAGUUCGAGCGGAACCAAUUGCGGGACACGGUGCAAAGCCUUCGCACGGAAGUUGACCGCCGGCGUACGCGGGAAGCUCAACUGACGGAAGCGCUUUCGAGGGAGAACUCACUGCACGCCCAGGGCCAGCACGAGGUCGUACCGGAGGAGUUCCUCAACAAACUGAAAGACCUCAACCGAAUGCUGGAGUCGAAUGCGCGGGAAAAUCACCAGCAAGCGGAAACGCUGCGAUUCAUGAUGGAGGAAAGACGGGCCCUGCAGCAGCGUAUCCAGGAGCUCGAGCGGUACAACGCACACGGUGGUGGUCACCACAAGCGAGAGGACCUGGAGGAGCGGGCGAACCACCUGUUCGGAAAGUAUCUCCGCUCGGAGAGCCACCGGAAAGCGCUGGUGCACCAGAAGCGCUACCUGCAGAUUGUCCUGACCACGUACGAGGAAAACGAAGCGAAGGCACUCGCGCUGCUCAACGCGCAGCUACCUCCCGGUCAACUGGAGGUGCUCGCCCUGGCCAGCGGACCGCGAUCGCUCGAGUCCUCCCACCGUCGCACCGGACGCAAAUCGUUCCGCUCGGUCGUGACGGUGAUCGUGGCGAUCGAGCGUAUGAAGUACCUGGUCCGCAAGUGGCACGGCGGGCGACGCGUUUGCGCGAAGGCCAUCUUCUCGCAACCGUUCAGCAGCCCGCGGCGGUCUCAGUCGGCCAGCACGAACGUUUGGGCACGCUCGCCGAACUCACACUUUGCCGAGUACGGUACCGUUGGCGGUGGUGCGUCGGUGCGGAUGGAACGCGCGGAACCGAUCCCGUCGCAGUUGUUCAGCGCAUCGGUCGGUGUCGGUGCUGGUGGUGCCUUCGUGAGGACACUCUCCGUUCCGGUGCCCGGUUCGCCCACGUCCCUGCGGAUGAACGUCGACGUGCUGGAAACCCUGCGGGAACAUCAGCAGCAGCACCAGCCUCAGUACAACCGUAAUGGCUCCGGCAACCGAUAGGUGGGUCAUUAACCUUCAACUUACUGUUGACUUUCCCCUUUAGACACGUUAUCGUUUAGGUUAGUGCUUUGCUACCCUGACGCAGCAAUCAAACGACACUGUUUUGUAGGGUUUUUUUCUAGAACGACAUUGGAGGUGUUUCAGAAAAACUGCCAACCAAAGGUUCACACGCACUGUUACGAUCCAUUUUAGCCGCUAUGUGUCGCUCCAGACAGAUCUCUCUAUACCGCUAUUUAUCUCUCUCUCUUUCUCAUGUUAGAAGUUCGUACAAAAAGUAUUAAUCUUGUGCGUCAGUGCGUACCAAAAAGUGUGAAGACGAUUAGGCCUCUUUUUUAUAAAAAAACCCAAGUUUAUUUUUUACUUGGAAGCGAUGAAGAGAAACGCAAAUAUUUGACAGUAAUCCGAUUAUUUAGUGCGGGAGUUUUCGUUAACUUGGUUCAUCAUUUAAACUUCGUUUAGUUUUGAUUUUCUAAGGACCGUGUAUUAAUGUAUAUUGGCAGUAUUUUGGCUGUAAAUCCAAAGAGAAGAUAAUUUUAUCUAAAUAGUAUGACAUUGAACCACAUUUCACCCGAAACAAAAUGCAGCAGCACAAAGAAACAUGUAACAUUUUCAAACAGUGCCUUACAUGCGGAACGUGGAAUACGAAUCAGAUUACAUUAAUCAGUCCUUACCAUGGCGUACCUUAAGUUCCGUCGUCUCGUCGAUUGUUCUUGUGGUUCGGUUCACUUUUCUUUCACCCCAUCAUUGCGUUCAACAAUUCCCACCAAAGGGCAUCCUGCUUUAUUCGUCCACAUGCCAUAGAGUACCGUAAGCAGUUCAUAAGCAAUAGGAGGUAGGAGCGGUGUGUUUAGCGGUUAUACGGCCUAGAGGUAUACUAUUUAUUAAUUUAAUGUUGUUUUAAACCGUUUUGCGACGCGACACGUAGUUCGACACGAUUCGUAGAAUUUCCAGGAUUUCCUCUAGGGUAGUAGAAUAGACGGCUCAGUUUUGAUAGUAAUGGUUAACUCACUCUUUUAAACGACGCGUAUUGUAAUAUAAGUAAAUGAGAAU